AUGAGAGUUUUAUUAAGUGCCGUUUUAUUUUUAGUUGCUUUUGCAAGCUCAGCAUACACACAAGAUAUCCCACAAUGCAAUUAUUUAGGUAAAUGCGUCAAAGCUGGUGAAAGAUGUGACCAAGAAUAUUAUUAUAACAAUACUGUUCCAAGUAGAAUUUAUGUUACUUGCGAAUAUGGCUAUUUUUGCCCAGAAGUAUAUGAACCAACUUGUGUUGCUUAUUCAGGUUUAGGUGAAUCAUGUGGUAAUAACGAAUAUCAAGUAUGUGACCCAGUAUACGAUUGUACUUCAAUUUCUUCCCAAACAAAUUUAAAAACUUGUCAAGUUACAAAUUAUUUAGGUUUUGGUGAAUCAUGUGAAUUUGACCAACAAUGCACUGGUAGUAAUACUGAAUGUAUUAAUGGUAAAUGUGGUAUUUUACCAAGAAUCCCAUGUUCAUCUGAUAGGGAAUGUGCAUACGGUAACUUCUGUAAUAUUACAUCUGAACCAGAUCAAGAUAAUACAUGUCUCCCAGUUUUAGCAUCAAGUUCAGUUUGCACUCGUGAUGCACAAUGUCCAUAUAACCAAAUUUGUGUUAAAAUGGCUUUCGAUUCAUCAGAUGCCACCUGUCAAAAUCAAUUCUCAAAAGCUGAAGGUUCAUAUUGUGAUAGAUACUCAGCUGUUCCAUCUCUUGAGUCAUUAACUCGUUACGAAUGUGAUAUUGGUUUAACUUGUGAAAACCCAGGUACUGAUGUUGCCAAAUGUGUUAAAAUUGCAGUUCCAAAAACCAACGAUGUUUGCUACAACUACACUCAAUGUGGUGAAUCUGCUCAAUGUCAAUGCAGCAGUGAUAAAGCUUAUGACUCUGCCGGUAAAUGUACAGCUCCAUCAUACAACCAAGUUUCAACAUGUAAAACCGCUGUUAUUAACCUCCAAAAAUGUGCCUUUGAUAACAAAUGUGCCAGUUAUGUUAACUUUGCUCCAGACUCAUGUCUCGUCAGAAACUGUCACUCACAAUACUGUAGCAAUGCUUGUGUCAACGAAAAUAACCAACCACAACAAUGUGGUAGUGCACCAGUUAAUGCAGUCUGUCAACCAGCCAGUUCAUCAUCAAUUGUUCUCCCAUCAUUCAUUGCUUUAAUUGCCGUCUUUGUAGCUUUAUUAAUUUAA